AACUAGAAGCCUGUUUUGUUGCAUCUGUACAGAGCUUUACAUUUUUUUUUUUUUUUGUAAUUGUCAAUAUUUAAAAUUAGAAGUUGUCUUCUAAGACUGGACUUCUGGAAAAAUCUGAUCCAACAAGACCGGGGCCCGCAUUCCUGCAUGGAAACAGGCGGCAGGAGCCAAACAGUGAUUGCCCUUGAGGCUGGGCAGGCUUCUGGGUCCGCCUCCCUGCCUCCUUACUCUGCCACAGGUCAGAUUCCGCGGAAGGCUGACAGAAGCCGGUCCUGCUCGCGGGAGAAAAAAGAGGGUUAUACUAAGGACAUGGUACCAGACUUUGAUGAGAAGCAUGAUGAGUAUUUAAUAUUGCUUCAGCAGAGGAACCGGAUACUAAAGCACUUGAGAUCCAAGGACCCCAUGCAGCUGAGACUGGAGCAUUUGGAACAAGGCUUCUCCGUCUACGUCAACGGGGCCAACUCUGAGCUGAAGACCUCACCCCGGAAAGCUGUCCACUCCGACUUCACCAGAAGCGCCUCACACGCCGAGGGGACGCACGAUUACGGGCGAAGAACCCUGUUUCGAGAAGUAGAAGAAGCUUUAAGACGCAACUCGCGGACAGCCCCUUCCAAAGUUCAGCGCCGAGGAUGGCACCAGAAAUCUGUGCAGAUCAGGACGGAAGCUGGCCCGCGGCUGCACAUCGAGCCGCCUCUGGACCCUUCUGAAGAUUUUGAGCCGUGUGGGGAUGUGACCGUCAAGGCCAAGGACGCUUCCGGGGAUCGUCCACAGGGUACCAAGUCUCCUACCGGCACCACGCCCUGUGACUUUAAUUUCUCCCUUCUGAAUGCACAUGGAUUACCAGACCCUGCCAGCAGUGCAGACAAAGAAAGGAUCCUCUUAACUAUUCAGGAUGUAAUGGAGCUGAGGAAAAGCCUGGAACUUAGUGUAAAUCUACAAAGGAAACAAAAAGAUGAUUCCAGCGAUGAGUAUGACUCUAUCGAAGAAGAUGUGCUCUCGGAGCCAGAGCCCGAAGAGCAGGUGCUGGGGGGCCACCGCAGAGAUGACCCCGCCCCUUCCAGUGGGGACGCGGUGCGGAAGGACGUUCCCAAGGACCAGGAGAUGGAAGGACACCCUCCCCGGGGCCCAGACCCCCUCGUGGUGCUGGAAUUUAACCCAGCUUCCAAAAGUAGUAAGAAGGAGAGGAAUCUGUCUGCUAAGCGGAAGGACAACGCUGAGGUUUUCAUUCCCAGCAGACCUGAGUUGAACCUGAACCCCCAGCCCUCUGCUGUGUUCCCAGACCAGGAGAAGGCAUGUUCAAGACCCGGGAGCCGACGAGAGAGACCCCUAUCAGCAACCCGGAAACCUGUGCGCGAGGCUGAGGACCGAGAGGAAGAUGCCUCGGCUGUGCUCAGGGCCAUCCAGGUGGAGAACGAAGCCCUGCAGAGGGUGCUCCUCAGCAGAAAGGGGGAGGCCCCCAGCAGCCCGCUGCAGGACACGGAGGGACCACCAGCAAAAUCGUGGACCAGUCUACUGAAGGGGAAGGAAGAGAGCGCUGAGCCACUUCCUACCCCUGAGGCGACUGGCAGGACCAGCCCGCAGGAGCCGUGCAGGGCCACGGGGGGAACCACAGUCGUCCGUGAAGCCAUUGACAGAAUCGGCCUGCUGGGGAGCAGACAACAGCAAAGGCUUCUGAAAGUCCUCCAGGCCAUCGAAAGCGACUCUGUCCGCCUCAGCAGGGCUGUUCCACCGACAGAGCCAGUGCCGGAUCCAGAGGACAAACUGAGAACAAGAGGCAGAGAGAUCGAAGAUGCCGUCUACGUGACCAUGGAAAUCCUGUCCAACUGGGGCCAUACGUCCUGGGUGGGUCUCACGGAAGUUGAGUUCUUUGACCGGAACAACACAAAGCUUUACGUGUCGCCCCAUGACGUGGAUAUCCGGAACACGGACACGCCCGGGGACCUGGGCCACCUGGUCAAUAGGAACUUAGCUAGCAAGAAAGACCCCUCCUUGUGGACGUGCCCCUUCCACCCACCGCUCCAGCUCUUUUUUGUUAUCCGCAACACGAGCCGCCUGCACGACUUUGAUCUAGCCAAGAUCAAGGUUUGGAAUUACUGGACAGCUGAUGGUGAUCUUGACAUUGGUGCCAAGCACAUGAAGCUUUAUGUCAAUAAAAAGCUCAUCUUUGAUGGCACGUUGGACAAAGGAGGUGGAGAGGGCCCAGCUGACCUGAGCGUCCUGGUUGGCCAGAAAAACAAGAAGGAGGAAAGAAUGGAGAGGAGCGUGGGUGCCCCCCCGGGAGAAGGCGGAGAUGCUGGCACAGAUGGGGCCCAUUCACAGCCAGCUGGGGCAGCGGUAGAUGUGAAGGUUUCUUCCCAAGGAAAGUUAUUUGGCGAAAAGAUGAAUCCUCCCAAUUGCACGAAAGACAAUUCGUCCAAGUUAAGCGAAGACACGAGCUUAUUAGCAGUCCCAGCCCCGAUGCCGGCCUCGAUGGGUGGCGUGCCCCGUCCUCCUGCCCUCCGCCCGGCUGCGGAAUGCCCCGCCCUGGACCCAGAGCCCUCUCUGAUCCAACAGCUGGAAAACCUCACGGGCAGAAAAGUCUCCGAGCCACCAGCAAAAACUCCCUCCUGGUUGCAACCUUCUGCCGCGGGGAAGGGCAGGAAGCAGGGAGGCAGGAAGCCAAAACCCCUGUGGCUGAGUCCCGAGAAGCCACUGGACCGGGAAGGCGGGCUUCCGUCUGAUGACGUCAUUGGCGCCAGGGGUGAGGGUCCUAGAGAGGCUGAGAUCGGGGAUAAAGGCCCCAGGCGUGAGCAAGGGCGAGCAAGCGGCUGGAAUGUCAUCGCUGGGGAGAGAGCCCAGAAGGUGACCCCCAACGUCUGUGACGACUUUGACAUCUUUAACCAGCCCUCCAACAGAGAGCGCCCUGCUAGUGGGAGGAGGGGCCCGAGGAAGGACGCCCUCAGCAGCGGUCACAGUGAUGGCCAGCCAACCAGCAGAGAAGACGCCCGCUCCACCGAGACGCCGCCACGACCCCGGUGGUGCAGUGAGCAGGAACACACGCUGCAUGAGUCCUGGGACUCCCUCAGUGCCUUUGACCGCUCCCACCGGGGACGCAUCUCCAACAUGGAGCCGCAGGGGGACAUCCUGGACGAGUUCCUGCAGCAGCAGAAGGCCAGCCGGCACGGCGAGCAGCCGCCCCCGUGGAAGGAGGAGAAGCUGGGGCCAAGGAGAGGCCGGGAAGACAGUCCCGUAGAGACGGACGACGCGAGUGACUUUGAAAUCCCCGUCUUGCCUUACGGACAGCGCCUGGUCAUCGACAUCAAGUCGACGUGGGGGGACAGGCACUAUGUCGGCCUUAACGGAAUAGAAAUAUUCAGUUCCAAGGGGGAGCCGGUGCAGAUCGCGAACAUUCAAGCCGAGCCCCCCGACAUCAAUAUUUUACCGGCCUACGGGAAAGACCCCCGCGUGGUCACCAACCUCGUCGACGGGGUGAACAGGACCCAGGACGACAUGCACGUCUGGCUGGCCCCUUUCACACUGGGCAAGCCCCACACCAUCUCCGUAGACUUCGUGCACCCUUGCCAGGUCGCCCUGAUCCGGAUCUGGAACUACAAUAAAUCUCGGAUACACUCCUUCCGUGGCGUGAAGGACAUCACCAUGCUGUUAGACUCGCAGUGCAUCUUCAAAGGAGAAAUCGCCAAGGCCUCGGGGACCCUGACAGGAGCCCCAGAGCACUUUGGAGACACCAUCUUAUUCACGACCGACGAUGACAUUCUGGAGGCCAUAUUCUGUUCUGAUGAGACAUUUGACGUGGACGUGGAGGGUCCCUGCAGCCUGCAGAGUGGGGAGACGCUGAGGAGGCCGAGCACCGCCGACAGCGAGGGGGAGGAGAGGCCCUACACCCAGGCCGGCUCAUGGGCUGAGGACCGGGUCCCGGAGCUGGAGCCACCACUCAGUCCGCCUGUCCCUGAAGUAACCACCCCAGAGCCAGGCAUCUACCAUGGGAUCUGCCUUCAGCUGAACUUCACUGCCUCCUGGGGGGACCCGCACUACCUGGGGCUCACAGGCCUGGAAGUGGUGGGCAAGGACGGCCAGGCGCUGCCCAUCAGCCUGCACCAGAUCUCUGCCUCCCCCAGGGACCUGAACGACCUUCCUGAGUAUGCCGAUGACUCCCGGACCCUGGACAAGUUAAUCGAUGGAGCCAACAUCACGAUGGAGGAUGAGCAUAUGUGGCUGAUCCCUUUCUCACCGGGCCUGGACCACGUGGUCACGAUCCGCUUCGACAGAGCCGAAAGCAUCGCAGGCCUGCGCUUCUGGAACUACAAUAAAUCUCCCGAGGACACCUAUCGCGGGGCCAAAAUCGUCCACAUCUCCCUGGACGGCCUGGGCAUCUCCCCUCCAGAGGGCUUCCUCAUCCGGAAGGGGCCGGGCAACUGCCACUUUGAUUUCGCUCAAGAAAUUCUCUUUGUGGACCACCUCCAGGCUCGACAGCUGCCCCAGCCGGCCCAGAGGCUCAACACGCAAAGCCAGGAGCGGGCAAGCAUGGACUACGAGGCACCCCUGAUGCCCUGCGGCUUCAUUUUUCAGUUCCAGCUCCUGACCAGCUGGGGUGACCCCUAUUACAUCGGUCUUACGGGCCUGGAGCUGUAUGAUGAGCGGGGAGAAAAAAUCCCUCUGUCGGAAAACAAUAUCGCCGCCUUCCCCGACAGCGUGAACUCCCUGGAGGGCGUGUGCGGGGACGUCCGGACGCCCGACAAGCUCAUCGACCAAGUGAACGACACCUGCGAUGGCAGGCACAUGUGGCUGGCUCCCAUCCUGCCGGGCCUGGUGAACCGGGUCUAUGUGAUUUUCGAUCUGCCUACCACCGUGUCAAUGAUCAAACUGUGGAAUUAUGCAAAAACGCCCCAUCGAGGGGUGAAGGAGUUUGGCCUCCUGGUAGACGACUUGCUUGUGUACAACGGGAUCCUGGCCAUGGUGGGCCACCUGGUGGGGGGCAUCCUGCCCACGUGCGAGCCCACGCUGCCCUACCACACCAUCCUCUUCACCGAGGACGCAGACGUGUGCCGCCAGGAGAAACGCACCGCCAUCAGCAAUCAGGUGGAGGAUCAGGACGUCCAGAUGAUGAACGAAAACCAAAUCAUUACCAACUCGAAAAGGAAGCAGAGCGCGGUUGACCCAGCACUGCGCCCCAAAACCUGCAUAAGCGAGAAGGAGACAGUGCGACGGUGGCGGUGCUGACUGGCGGAGGAGGGAGAGCCGGGCCUCCCGACCGACCGGAGCCGGGCUCUGUCACCGGCCCCGCCCAGCACCCGUGUCGCCCGCCCCCAGACCUCAGCCUCGGCAGCCUGGACUCCGGGGGCUGGAAGAAGGAGUCCCGUCGCGAAAGGGGACUCGCGUGGCACGACUUUCCUCCGCCUCGCGUCUCAGGGGCUCCCUCCCGGGACACCCAGCUCAGUGCCCUCCCGCAGGACCCAGCAAAGCAGGGCCACACGCACUCAGGCCUGUCCCUGCUCAGGCCCAGGUGGUGGGGUGGCCCGGGAGGACUUGCUCCCAGCACGGAGUGUGGCUGUCCCGGGCCCGGGGUCAGGCCUCAGACCCCAACAGCAAGGGGAGGGGUGCCAGCAGCUCCCCGCCCCCCAUGUCCCUCCCUCAUCCGGGGGCCGGUGCAGCUGGCUGAGAGGGUGGGGCAGUUCCCUGGUCCCCCGAAGGUCUAGCCAGAGCCGCUGCACCCCCGUCACUCAUCCCAGGCAAGGAGGACGGAUCCCCGGGGAUGUGUGUGUCUCACUGGGAAGAGGAAGGGGGCCGUGCCCACCCGCCAUGCUGCCAGGCCCACGUGGGACCCGCGGGUGGACGGCUUCACGCCCCAGAAGGCUCCGGACGCAGGGCAGGCCGAGGACCAGGGCCACAACCCCACCCUCGGGCCCCAGAGCCCACCUCCCCUUCCCCUUGAACUCUGUCUGGAGGAGGGCGGCCGCAUCCCUGCGGUCUCGCCACCGGCUUCUCUCACUCGCCUCCCCCCGUCUCUCCCGUGCCGGGCGCCCUUGCCUGCGGGCAGCGAGGUGUCUGGUGCCCCCACCCCUUCCCCCCCUCCCGGCAGCUUCCCCGCGAGUUGGAAAUGUGCCUUGCACCCCCAGCCGAGUGGAGCUCAGAACGCAUCUAUUUCCAUCUAUGUAACAAGCCCGGAUCAGGGACCUAAUUGGUUUCCCAGUGGUGGGUAAUUUCUCGUUCCAAAUAUUAAUCCGUUGUUUUCCUGGCGCCCAGCCCGGCCCCGCCGCAGCGCUGUACUCGAAGUACGUUCCUAUGCAACCGAGAGCCCGGCAGAUACUUUAUGAGCUUUGCAGCUUCCGCGGAGCAGCUAUGCAAAUGCGCUUUUCAUUUGGAGCAGGGGGCCGAUGCGAAGACAAGGAAUUGUUCCUCCCGGAGAAGAUCCAUCAUUGCUGCAGCUCCCCUGCUCACCUCCCAGAUGGGGCGGGUGCCCCCAAGGCCUGUGGGCUCCCAGGAGAGCCGAGGCUUGGGGGGAGUCGGGGGCCGAUCAGGCCGGCGCUUAGGGACCAAAACAGGUGCCACGACUUUAAAGGCUGUCACGGCUUCCCGUCCCCACCUGAGGCUGGGGCCCGGGUCAGACUGUCGGGGAGAUUGCUCGAGCAGCGCGCACGCUCCCAGAAUCUCCACUGAUGUUUAUAAUAAUUGUAUGCACCAUGCAAUUUAGGAGGGGGAAAAAAAAAAAAGCUGUACAGGCAUUAACUCUAAAAUAAAUUUCUAUUUUUUUCUCUUGCAAAAUCAAUAAAAGAUGUUAUUAAGAA